AUGAAAAUAAUUAUAGAUUAUUUUCGAGAACUGGAAAGACUUGUAAUUGUGAAGAAGGGUAUGUUGAUAUUAAUGAACAAUAAGAAUGCUUAUGAGUAAAUUAGAUGUUUCCAUAUCUUAUAAAAUAAGAAAUUUAAAUGGAUGGCUAUAUGGAAGGUUAUAGUAGAUGUGAUGGGUUAAAUGUAGAGUGCAAAAUUUGGAUAUUUUUAUUUUCAAGUUAAUGUAUUUGAUGGUAAUAAUAUUCUAAUUUAUAUUAGUCCAAAUUUUAGUUAGUUUAUAUAUGCAAUUCAUAUAAGUUGCUUCGAUUGUUAUACUUAACCUCUUACUUUUGUAUAAUCAUUAACUUGUACUAUGGAUACAUAAACAUAUAACUCUAAUUCUAAAUAAUCAUAUUAGGUAGUUGAAAGAGAUAAUAAAAAUCUAAGUGAUUAUGAAAUUAUAAUUUAAGAUGAUGCAACAUAUGUAAUAAAAAUAUGUAUUGGAUGCAUAGGAUAUUAAUAAUGUAAAGAAGGGUAUUAUUUCAAUGAUUAAUGUAAAGCUUGUAAUAAGGAUUUUUUUUUUUUGAAAAUUCAUAUUCAUAUGGAAUAUAUUAUGGUGAUAGCUAUCUUGGUAAUGAGAAUUUGAAAUGUCCUAAUUGCAAAGAUGCUUUAGACACAAAGAUUUUUUUGUGGUGCAGUCAUUGCGAAGAUAAUUAAAUACAAUAAAACAAUGAAUGUGUAUCUUGUGGUAUGAAUUGCGAUAGUUGUGACUCUAAAGAAAAUUGCAACUUUUGUAUAGGAGAUCCUUCAAAAUAUUAUUUAUCAAUCAAUGGAAGAAAUUGUAUAGAAUGUAAUAUUGAAAAUUGUAGAUAUUGUUUCUAAUAUGUUGUUAUUUCAGGAUAAUAUUAUACAACAUUAGAUUUUAAUUUCAAUAUAUAAAAUUUUUAAUUCAAAUUAUGUUAAUUUUGGAUGUGCAUUAUGUAAUCAAAAUUAUAAUUAUAACCAAAGUACUUAAAAAUGUGA